AUGAAUCAGGCCUCUCUAUAUCAGCACGCCAACCAGGUGCAACGGCACGAUGCCAAACUGAUUCUGGACGAGUUUGCCUCGACUUUGCAGUGGCGGUCCGAUGGAGAGGAUGCCCUCUUGGAUGUGGGUUCAGGAUCCGGAAAUGUGCUCAUGGAUUUCGUAAGGCCCCUACUUCCGAAGCGAGGGCAACUGGUGGGCACCGACAUCUCCAGUCAGAUGGUGGGCUAUGCCAGUAAAUAUUACCAGGGUGAGGAACGCACCAGAUUCCAAGUUCUAGACAUAGGAUGCGAGAGGCUACCGGAGGAGCUGAAAGCCAGAUUCGACCAUGUCACCUCGUUCUACUGCCUGCACUGGGUGCAAAACCUGAAAGGAGCCCUCGGCAAUAUUUACAAUCUUCUAAAACCUGAGGGCGGUGACUGUCUUCUGGCCUUCCUGGCCUCAAAUCCAGUUUACGAAGUCUACAAAAUUCUCAAAGGAAACGAUAAAUGGUCGACUUUUAUGCAGGAUGUGGAGCAAUUUAUAUCACCACUUCACUACAGUGUAAACCCAGGCGAGGAAUUCAGUCAGUUGCUCAACGAAGUGGGUUUCGAACAACACAAUGUGGAAAUACGGAAUGAAGUAUUCGUUUACGAAGGUGUCAGGACUCUAAAGGAUAACGUGAAAGCCAUUUGUCCUUUUUUGGAGCGCAUGCCUUCCACAUUGCAUGAAGAAUUCCUUGACGAUUUCGUAGACAUUGUAAUAUCCAUGAAUUUGCAGCAAGGCGAAAAGAAUGAGGACCAAAAGUUUUUAUCUCCUUAUAAACUGGUGGUUGCCUAUGCUCGCAAGACCCCCGAAUUUGUAAACAAGGUUUUCCUAGAUCCGCCACAUCACAACUUGUUUAAGGGAAUUAACUAGUCUUCUAGUUAGCUUGUAAGGAAUCGAAGAUAAUUACUUUUUCAGAGUCUAUUAAUGCCAAAUAAUGUACUUAACCUAAAUUUAGAAGAAAUCAAAGUUCCUAGAAUUGGUCACACAUAUACUUAUUAAUAAAUAGCAUACAUUAAAAUUUAA